UACCUACCCUGUGGUCAGUAGUUCCCCAUCCUACAUACACACUCAUGUGUACACACACACUGCAUGUACAUUUAAACACACACAUACACCCCCACACACACACACUUACACGCAGACUCUUUGGCCUCUCCCUUGAAGCUGGGUAGUGGUUUCGACCAUCAAGAGGACACAGGCAUGCAAACUCUCCUGGAAAGAUGUUCUGGAAGCCCAAUAUUCUGGUUCUUUGAAGGGAGGGACCCCCACUUUUCUCUCUAGGCCCCUCAACCCCCCACAGCUACCUUGGGAGCUACUUAGGAGCUCCUGGCUCCACCUCCACCCCCCAUUGUACCCUGAGGAAGUUCAGACCCAGGGAGGGGAAGUGCUCUAUCUGCCCAGAGGAGGCAGGUGGCCAGGCCUGGAGGAGAAGCGACAUCUCUCAGCUGCCUCGGCUCUGCUGGACGCCCCUCCCCGGCAGGCCAGAACAUGAGCCAGGCUCCCGAAAGCACCAACUGCUCGUUCAGUGACGUGGACGAGCUCACCAAGACCCUCCAGCUGGCCGUACACCUCCCCACCUUCCUCGUGGGCCUGCUCCUCAACCUGCUGGCCAUCCGCGGCUUCGGCUCCUUCCUGAAGAGGCGCCGGGACUACGCAGCCACCUCCAUCUACAUGAUCAACCUGGCCAUCUUCGACCUCCUGCUGGUCCUCUCGCUCCCGUUCAAGAUGGCGCUGUCGCGAGUGCAGCCUCCCUCCCCGGCCUUCUGCACGCUGGUGGAGUGCCUCUACUUCAUCAGCAUGUACGGGAGCAUCUUCACCAUCUCCUCCAUCAGCCUGGACAGGUUCCUGGCCAUUCAGUACCCGCUCCUGGUCAGCCACCUCCGCUCCCCCAGGAAGACCUUGGGGAUCUGCUUCGCCAUCUGGCUCCUGGUGUGGACGGGAAGCAUCCCGAUCUACAGCUUCCACGGGCAGGUGGAGACGUACACGUGCUUCCACAACAUGUCUGACGGCACGUGGAGCGCCCAGGUCUUCUUCCCCCUGGAGGUGUUCGGCUUCCUCCUUCCCAUGGGCGUCAUGAGCUUCUGCUCCUACAGAAACAUCCGCACGCUACUCAGCCGUCGAGACCGGACUCAGGACUGGGUCCAGCAGAAAGCCUGCAUCUGGACCAUCGGCGCCAGCCUGGCUGUGUUCGUGGUCUCCUUCCUCCCGGUGCACCUGGGCUUUUUCCUGCAGUUCCUGGUGCGGAAUGGCUUCAUCGUCCAGUGCGGAGCCAAGCGCGGCAUUAGCUUGUUCCUGCAGCUGUCGCUGUGCUUCUCCAACAUCAACUGCUGCCUCGACGUUUUCUGCUACUACUUCGUCAUCAAAGAGUUCCGCGCGGACCUCAUGGCCCACCGGCCUUCCAGGGUCCGGCUGGUCCUUCAGGACACUGUGACUACCAGGGGUUAAGGGACGGCGGCAGCUUUGCCCAGAGGAAGGAAAUCCUAGUCCCAGAGUCUCGUUAGGGACAUCCUGUUCCAACUAGCGUGAGUUCUCUUUGAUGAUGAGCACCGUCUUUGCUCUUUGUACCCCUAAACAGCUUUCCACAGCGUCCACAUACCUUGAUGUAGAUCAC